AAGCAUGAUAUGACAUUAGCAUAAAGCUGGAUACUAAAGUGCAACUAUCAGAAAUUACAGGGGAGGUUUAAGCAAUUAACGUUUUUUUUUUGUUUUAUUUAUGCAAAAUGCACGUUUGAUUUGAUAUGGAAGAAGUUGAAGCGGUGGAGGUGGAGGUGGAGGUGGAGGGAGAGGAUGGAGAGAUCGCUCCAGUAAUGAUAAAAUCAAGUGUUAAAAUUUUGUGGGUCAAUCCACCGCCUUUCCGCCUUUCCGCCUUUCCCUCCAAUGGCUUCCCGCCAAGUCCGACGAUUUAUGCCGACGUGUGUUCUGUGAUCUGUUUCUUUAAGUCGGCUCGGAGGAGUAAUGGAGUAUCAAUUGAUCUAACCCAUGAAGCAAAAUCCUGAACGAACCCACGAACAAGAAACCCCAAUUAGCUAUUCAGUUUCGGUUCUCAGCUCGGCUAGGAGGAGAAGGCCAGGACAGACGAAAACGAUGGUAUAUGGUUCAGCAGUAAGACACAACAACAACAACAGCAAUGGAAACUCCUUCCAUGCCUUUCUUGAAGGCUGGCUUGUCCGUCAACAACAAUUCCUCGACGAGAUUGUCUAUGCAAAACGCUUCUGCCACGACGAUUCACGCGAGCAGGACCUUAGAGAUCUCAUCGCGCGGGUCCUGUCACACUACCAACAGUACUUGGGGGAGAAAUCCAGAGCGGCUCACAGGGACGUGUUCCUCGUGUUGUCGCCCCCCUGGUUCAGCUCCUUAGAGCGGGCCUUGUUCUGGAUUGGCGGGUUCAGACCCGGACUGGUGUUCCGGCUCGUUGCCAAUUCCGUUGGGGACCUGUCGCAGGACCAAGUGCAGUGGAUGGAAACGCUGAGGGCUGAGACAAGUGCGGAGGAGCGGCAACUGGAGGAGGAACUGGCGAGGCUACAGGAGAGCGUUGUGGCGCCACCCCUGUCUGAACUUCUGAGGCGGAGAGGGAGGGCGGUGAACGGGGAGGAGGGGAAUGCCAAUCCCGUGCUUGAAAGCAUGAUAACUGAGUUCGAGAUUUUGCUGGGGAGUGCAGACAUGUUACGAGCAAACACAGCAACCAAAAUGAUUCAGAUACUAAGCCCUGUUCAGACUGUGAGCUUUUUAGCAGCCGCAGCGCAGCUUCAGCUCAGGAUUCGAAGGUUGGGUUUUCAAAGAGAUGCCGAGCGAGAGGAACAAUUUUAACACUGAUAAUAUAAAGACUUGAGAAGAAUUGAAACAUGGCCUCUUCUGACAAAGCCAUCAGGCAGCUUCAGAGGUUUUGAGGAGCUUGAAAGGAUUUGAAUUUCUAGGUACAAGUUCAAGCUUAAACUCCUAGUUUGUACAUUUGGCUAUCCAACAAAGGGUUUCAUGCAGUUGAAUUUGGGACAUUUAAUGACUUAGGUGUAAAGGAUAUUUUCUUUGUUGUUUUGACUACAAGACAAGAAGACCUUAAGAUUACUAAAAUACCUUCAAUUUACAUACUUACCCGAGAAAGACAGGGAAAACAGAAGCUGGUUCAAACUUUAAACAUAAUACAAGCUCAUGAUCCUGAUUCACAGAAAUUCUCAUGCAGAAAAUAAGGUCAUAAGAAAUUCGGUUCUGAAGCUAGACUACUCCCCAGUGAUUACAAAAGCUUCCCGUAAACUACAUGAAUAUGAAAGUAGCAUGUUAGUCCCCACCCACCACACUGGAAAAUUUCAGGUUUCUACUACUACCAAUCAUAAGAACGAUGGAUGAUGUCAACUAGGGAACCAAGGAUAGUUGAGAGUCCACUCUUCCAUAGUGAGAA